AUGAAAGAACAAAUGAAACAAAUCUUGAGCUCAUAUUCAACACAAUUAGAACAAUAUCUGGAAUCAGAAGACAAACGAUUAUAUUGUUUAGAAAUGUAUAAUUUUUGGCCAAAAAAUGUCUCGCAUUUUGUAUCAGUUAUAUGUCCGAAGAGUUUGAGUGACGAACAGCUGACGAGUAGACGAAAAGAAUUGCAUUUAAAACCGGUGUUUAGGAAAUCAAAUCGUUUUUUAUUAGACAAUGAAAAGCCAAAAACAGAUUAUCUGACUUCAGUUCACAUCGGUUUGAAGGAUUCGGGGACUAAAAGCGGACAAAUAUAUUGCGUUUACGGCGACUACACAUACCAUCACUAUAUGCAUGGAUAUCUGGAAGAAGAUCCGGAUCUGUUCGAUGGCAUUGAAGUGCCGGCGAAUAUGAAGAAGAAAAUGGUUGAGAAGAUGAGGAAGAAGAAGGCCGCAGAUAAGAGUCCUUUUGAGUUCAUAGCAAUGGGUAGUAAUGGCGCUAAAAGUGAUUUCACGUCUGAUAUAGACUUAUCCGAAGACAUGAAAGAAGUGGAACUCAACCUAACAAUUGAUUUGUUGUCUCGGAUUCAAGAAAACAAUUCCAUCUCUUAUUUAAUUAAUUUAUUUUCAAAGCAAAUGAAACAAAUUUUGAGCUCAUAUUCAACACAAUUAGAACAAUAUCUGGAAUCAGAAGACAAGCGAUUAUAUUGUUUAGAAAUGUAUAAUUUUUGGCCAAAAAAUGUCUCGCAUUUCGUAUCAGUUAUAUAUCCGAAGAGUUUGAGUGACGAACAGCUGACGAGUAGACGAAAAGAAUUGCAUUUAAAACCAGUGUUUAGGAAAUCAAAUCGUUUUCUAUUAGACAAUGAAAAGCCAAAAACAGAUUAUCUGACUUCAGUUCACAUCGAUUAUCUGACUUCAGUUCACAUCGGUUUGAAGGAUUCGGGGACUAAAAGCGGACAAAUAUAUUGCGUUUACGGCGACUACACAUACCAUCACUAUAUGCAGGACAGGAUUGAUGACAACGGGUGGGGCUGUGCCUAUCGGUCGCUGCAGACUAUUAUCUCAUGGUUUAGACACCAGUCAUAUAUCGAUAAACCGGUUCCCAAUCACACAGAGAUUCAACAGGCGUUGGUUGAUGUCGGCGACAAGAAUCCAUCGUUUGUGGGCUCCAGACUGUGGAUCGGUUCUCAAGAAGUGAGUUACGUAUUGAGCCAUUUGUAUGAAAUCACGUCGAAGAUUAUGUUUGUGAGUUCGGGCGCCGAAUUGGCCAACAAAGGGCGCGAAUUAGCCAAUCAUUUCAGCACAAACGGCACGCCUAUUAUGAUAGGCGGCGGUGUUUUGGCCCAUACUAUCAUUGGUGUGGACUUUAGCGAAGCCACGGGUGAACUCAAGUUCUUAAUAUUGGACCCGCACUACACCGGCGGCGAAGAUCUCAAUGUUAUUCAGAAGAAA